AAAGUCAAAGAUUCCCUCUUCAAAGGUCAUGAGUUGCGACGGCUAGAGAGAGAGAGACUACCCUGUUCCUUGAUGCACCCAAUCAUCUCUCUUUCAGACGCUUAGACCUCCUUCAAUUCUUUGCUUUAGUCAAAUCUCUGAGGAUAGAUCCGAUCCAUUGCAUACCAUUGAUUCUGCUUGUGGUGUACUCCAAGUUGAAUACAGAUUUACUCGCUCAAGAAUACCUUCUUCAAUUUGCUUACUGGACCCACAACAACAAAAUUUUCUUCAUUAAGUAUGGAAACUGAGGAUUUGAGUGGCCUACCCGCAUCUGGUGAUUAUGCCCAUGGAAGUGAGAGCAAUAAACUUCAUAAUUCUAAUGAUGGGCCAAUCGAUCAUCAACCUGUUCAUUCUGAGCAUAAAGAAGACAAAUUAUAUAAUGAGAAUCUUUUGCAUGAGAGUGAUUCAGAUAUGGAAAUUGAAGAUUUCAGUAGCCUUCCUGCUUCUAUUGUUUCUGGCGGUGGAAUUGAGAACAAUGGACUUUGUACUUCUAAUUACGGGCCUAGCGAAUCUAAUUCUCAACCUAGUAACUCUGUGGAGAGAGAAAUCAAGCAUAACAGUGAGAACCUGGGUGACGAUGAUGGUAACGUUCGCCGUGGGAAACGCCGUUUCGUACAAGAAGGAAACCUUGACAACAAUGUCGUUGACAAGCCAUCUAUCAUGCAAGUGAGUGUUGAAUUGACUGAAACUGUUACAAUUGCUGAGAAGUUGAGUAGCCUUAACUCUAAAGUGCAUGCUGAGAAUGGUUGCCUUGCUGUUCAAGAUGAAAGUCUCAUUGGAAGCCACAAGAUGGAUAGGAAUUCUAUAUCAGGUGUUAAGAGAGCCCGGAUGACACUCGAUGAACAGCAGCCCUCAGUGCAUGUCAUGUAUAACUCCUUAACAAGAGCUAGUAGACAGAAGCUUGAGGAACUAUUAAAGCAGUGGUCACAGUGGCAUGCUCAACAUGGUUCUUCGUCCCAAGAUCCAAAUGAAGUGUUAGAAUCUGGUGAAGAAACAUUCUUUCCUGCUCUGCAUGUUGGCAUGGAGAAUAAAUCUGCUGUGUCUUUCUGGAUGGACAACCAAACAAGGAAGCAGCAGAACCAGGAGUUCAGUCCUUUAGAUUGUAACUCUGUGCCUCUUUAUGAUCGUGGGUAUGCAUUAGGUUUGACUUCAGCUGAAGCUUCAAGUAAUGUGGAAGGCUUGGGGAUAAUAUAUGAUGCGAGUCGCUGUUUCAAUUGUGGUUCUUAUAAUCACUCUCUGAAAGAAUGUCCAAAGCCUCGUGACAAUGUUGCCGUCAAUAAUGCUCGCAAACAGCAAAAGUCCAAACGCAAUCAAAAUGCCGGUUCACGCAAUCCAACUCGAUAUUAUCAGAAUACUCCAGGUGGAAAGUAUGAUGGUUUGAGGCCGGGUGCUCUUGAUGCUGAAACACAGAAGCUUUUAGGCCUUGGGGAGCUUGAUCCACCCCCUUGGCUUAACAGAAUGCGAGAAAUUGGAUACCCCCCUGGAUAUUUCGAUCAAGAUGAUGACAAUCAGCCAUCAGGGAUUACAAUAUAUGCCGAUGGGGAAACUAAGGAAGAACAGGAGGAUGGUGAAAUUAUUGAAACAGACUAUCCCAAACCACGGAAGAAAAUGACAGUUGGAUUUCCUGGAGUAAAUGCACCAAUUCCAGAAAAUGCGGAUGAAAGACUUUGGGCAGCUGGGUCUUCAACUUCAGAACUUUCCAGAAACAGAUCACAUCCGAGAUCAAACCAUUAUUCAGAACCUGUCAGCAGAGGGCAUCAUCGCGAGCGCAGGCGGUCCAGGGAUUUCACAGAUGAUGGGCCUCCUGGCUGUGAACCAGGAUUUAGCCCGUCCAUCUCUAGUUACCCUCCUAGGUAUGUUGCUUAUGAUUCUGGUUACGAUUAUCACAGUCCAGUAAGUAAUAUUGCGAUGUCAAGAAGCCCUAGUUUUGGAAGUUCCCUGCCAGACAGAGGUAGAAGAAGCCCGUUGUUUGAUGAAGGUCCUUUAAACCAUGAUUCUUUACCUAGGGAUUAUGGAUCAAGCAGGUAUGAACAUUGGAUUGAUGAAAGCAGGAAUGACUAUAGCCGGGGCUUUUCAUCUCAUAGUGACAGGCAUUACCAUCGAAGUAGGUGGUGAAUUGACACGAUUGUGGAACUCGCGAACAUGUUUUCUCCUGACUAGUAUCAGGAACCCUUGUACAAAAUUUAGAUGGGUAUUUGUUUAGAUUGUUUUCUUACCAUAUGUAGUACAUGACUCUCCAAUUGUUAUACAUGCCCUGUUAUUUUUAUUUGACA